AUUUUUCCUUCCUCUCGCCUCUCCAGUUGUGCGCCGCUGUGCACAGCAACAAGUAAAGCUUGCUGUGGUCCCAUUUGAGCCAAAAAAGCCUCCUUUAAAAGUUAUCACACAUAGAGAUGUUCUCAACAAACACAUGUAUUAGGACAAUUUCCAUGUCUUCACCACUUCGCACUGCAAUUAAGCAUGUGGUUGUCGUGGGUGGCGGUUCCAUGGGUGCCGGUAUCGCUCAGGUUGCUGCACAAACUGGUCACAAAGUGACCCUCGUGGACCUCAACAGCGAAGUUCUCGAGAAGUCGAAAGAUAGGGUCAAAGAAAGCUUGAAGAGGGUAGCCAAGAAGAAAUUUGCAGAUGACAAAAAGGCUGGGGAAGACUUUGUUGAAAAAUCUCUCACUAGCAUCUCAUUAAGCACCUCUCCGGAAGAUGCAGUAAAAGAUGUCGACCUCGUUGUGGAAGCAAUUGUGGAAAACCUACCAGUUAAGCAGAAAUUAUUUGCUUCACUAGACAAAGCCGCAAGCCCAUCUACCAUUUUUGCAAGCAACACCUCAUCCCUGCCCAUAUCUGAAAUUGCGAGCAGCACAACACGGAAGGAUCGUUUUGGUGGCCUGCAUUUUUUUAAUCCUGUCCCUGUAAUGAAACUGCUAGAGAUUGUGCGAAUUCCAGAAACGAGCGAAGAUACCUUCAAGAGUAUGCAAGAAUGGGGUGCAGCAAUGGGGAAAACCACUGUAGUGUGCAAGGACACGCCAGGGUUCAUAGUGAAUCGACUGCUGGUGCCCACGAUGAUGGAAGCGAUUCGGAUGCUGGAACGAGGUGACGCUACUGCAAGGGAUAUCGACACUGGGAUGAAACUAGGAGCUGGCCAUCCGAUGGGACCAUUUGAGUUGUCUGAUUAUGUUGGCCUCGAUGUGACAAAGUUUAUUAUUGAUGGCUGGCACCAGCGCUUUCCGGAUAACCCACUCUUCAAACCAUCACCACUUCUAGACAAGCUUAUUAGUGAAGGAAAACUUGGGGUAAAGUCCGGAGAAGGAUUCUACAAGUACAACAAAUAAUAGCUCUUUCGUAUUCAAAAUAGACUUUUACAUGGGUAUAUACACAUAUGUAUAUGUAUGUAUCGUACAGUCGGGAAUGGCAGGCUGUUUACAUUGAUAAUAAAUCCUAUUUUUGUAGUGUCA